AUGACCGACUUGGAGGCCGCUAGGGCCAAGCUGCAAGAGGUCGAGGUGAUGUACUUCGACGUGUUUGGCACGGUGGUGGAUUAUGUCGCUACCGUGACACGGGCGUUGCGGCGAGAGAUCGACGAGACACGCAUGGCCGAUGAGCACCUUCUGCGUGCGCUGCAGCACGACUACGACUGGCGACACUUUACGAUCGCAUGGCGAUCCGAAUACAAGCGCGAGACGCAGCGGCUGGCUGCACUUGGCAAUCCCGACAAGGUGACAGUUGAUCAGAUGCACCUGGCAGCGCUCAACCGGCUGCUCUCCGACCUCCCCUUUGCCGACGGCUCCUCCGUCCCCGACACCAUCCGCAAGUUCGGGGUCGAAGCUGCAUCAAAGCACCUCGAGCAGGCCUGGACGGCUGACACACGAGCUCGACUCAACCACACAUGGCACCUGCUUGAUCCUUGGAAAGACUCGGUGCAGGGGCUCGAAUCACUCGCAAAGUCCCACAAGAUCGGCACACUCACCAAUGGCAAUCUCAACCUCAUGGUGGACAUGGCCAAACAUGCAAGAUUGCCUUGGCACUUUAUCCUCUCUGCCGAUCUGAUUGGAAGCUUCAAGCCCGAUCCGAAAAUGUACUCGUCCGCAAUGGCGCUGUUUGAUAUCGACCGCUCCAGCAAUCCAGCCAGGGCCUGUAUGGUCGCAGCACACCUGUACGACCUUCAGGCCGCAAAGGAGUGCGGAAUGACCACAAUCUUCGUCUCUUCCAGACCCACCGAAGACUCACUCCCACCCGAAGGCAAGCCGAGCUACGUCGACAUUGUCGUUGACGAUCUUCUUGAACUCGCACGCCUCGCAUCUCCCAACCCCAUCUCAUAG